GCACGUAGAUUGUUUGGGACCGUCGCUCUUUCCUGCCUUAUAAAUAUAACCUGCUACUUCCCUCCCUCCCCCUCCUUCCUCCUCCUCGAAGACGACCUCUUCUCUCCUGCCGUCCAUUUUUCUCAUCCCAUCUUGCAAUUCUCGCCCUCUCUCUUUCUGUGAUUUUCCCGCUGUCGAGCAAAGGUGGAAUAAACUUGUGUGGACGUGACGACAACAACUCAUACCUUCCUCCUCCCCUCUCUUCAAACCAAACAAUUCCCUCUUCAUCAUCCAAGAUGUCCAACCUUCCCUCCGAGCCCGAGUUCGAGCAGGCUUACAACGAGCUUGCCUCGACUCUCGAGGACAGCACGCUCUUCCAGAAGAAUCCCGAGUACCGCAAGGCGCUCAAGAUUGUCUCCAUCCCCGAGCGCAUCAUCCAGUUCCGUGUUGUCUGGGAGAAUGACAAGGGCGAGGUUCAGGUCAACAGGGGCUUCCGUGUCCAGUUCAACUCGGCUCUGGGUCCUUACAAGGGCGGCCUGCGCCUGCACCCCUCGGUGAACCUGUCCAUCCUGAAGUUCCUGGGCUUUGAGCAGAUCUUCAAGAAUGCUUUGACUGGCUUGAUGAUGGGAGGUGGCAAGGGUGGUUCCGACUUCGACCCCAAGGGCAAGUCUGACAGCGAGAUCCGCCGGUUCUGCGUCUCCUUCAUGCGCGAGCUGCAGCGCCACAUUGGUGCCGACACUGACGUCCCUGCUGGAGACAUUGGUACCGGAGCCCGCGAGAUUGGCUACAUGUUUGGCUGCUACCGCAAGGAGAAGAACAAGUUCGAGGGUGUCUUGACCGGCAAGGGCCUGACCUGGGGUGGCAGCUUGAUCCGACCUGAGGCCACUGGCUAUGGUCUUGUCUACUACGUCGGCCACAUGCUGGAGUACGCCGGCGCUGGUGGCUGGGGCGGCAAGCGCGUGGCCAUUUCCGGAUCUGGCAACGUCGCCCAGUACGCUGCGCUCAAGUGCAUCGAGCUCGGCGCCCGCGUUGUCUCGCUCUCAGACUCCAAGGGAACCCUCCUGUCUACCUCCGAUGCGGGUUUCGUCCCUGAGGAGAUCGACGCCAUCGCGGCGCUCAAGCUCAAGCACGGCGCGCUGACUGACUUCGUCGCCACCUCUCAGGAUGGUGCCGCCAAGUACAAGUACCUCGAGGGUGCCCGCCCCUGGACACAUGUUGGCCAGGUCGACGUGGCGCUUCCCUGCGCGACGCAGAACGAGGUCAGCCCCGAGGAGGCCAAGGUGCUGGUCGAGGCCGGCUGCAAGUUUAUUGCCGAGGGGUCCAACAUGGGCUGCACCCAGGAGGCGAUCCACAUCUUCGAGGAGACUCGCCGGACCAAGGGCGCCUCCGGCGUCUGGUACGGACCGGGCAAGGCGGCCAACUGUGGUGGUGUGGCCGUGUCCGGCCUGGAGAUGGCGCAGAACAGCCAGCGGCUCAGCUGGACCCGCGAGGAGGUCGAUGCCAAGCUGGCCGGCAUUAUGAAGAGCGCUUUCGAGAACGGCCUCAACACCGCCAAGGCCUACGUCGAGGCCAAGGACGGCGAGCUGCCCUCCCUGGUGGCCGGCAGCAACAUUGCCGGCUUCGUCAAGGUCGCUGAGGCCAUGAAGGACCAGGGCGACUGGUGGUAGAAAACACACAGUUCUGAUUGCGAUUGUUGUAUUUCCACAAAUGUUGGAGUGGCCUGAUGUUGGCGAACCCCCCCAAAAAAGGUGCCGAGCCGGUAGUGUUUCAAUAUUUCUCCUUUAUGUUUCUUGCUAGGGCUGGUUUUCCUUCCACAAAUGGUUCUAUUUUUUUUAUUCAUGGGGCGUUUUCAUCAUAUAGCGACAACACAAAAUACCAGUUU